AUGUGUGCCAUGACUCAGGAAGUGGUGAUGAAACAACAAAGCAGCAGCAGCAGCAGCGAGACCAUGACAAGCAACUGCUCCUUUAAAGAGGUGGACCACCUGAUGAAAUAUUUGGAGCUGACAAUCUACAUACCUAUCUUCCCCAUUGGUCUGAUUCUUAAUGUCGUGGCACUCUUAGUGUUCUGCCUCUUUCUGCGGAAAUGGACGGAGUCAACAAUCUACAUGACCAGUUUGGCCCUGAUGGACCUGCUCCUCCUCUUCCCACUUCCCUUCAAAAUGCACGCCACCAAUCACAGCUGGCCUGCCGACCUCCAGCCUCUCUGUUUGGUCUUGGAAAGCCUGUAUUUUAUUGGGAUAUACGGCAGCAUCUACACCAUCAUGUGUAUAGCUGUGGACCGAUGGGUGGCAAUCUGUCACCCGUUCAAAGCCAAGCAACUGCGUUCACCCAAAGUGGCUCUGGGGACUUGCGUUGGGGUGUGGCUGCUGGUGCUGACAGCAAUCUCUCCAACCAUCUAUCGCUUUAGGGAGGACAAGCAGAAGGAGUUCCACUGCUUCCAUGAGUUUUCAGAGAACGGCUGGAGCCCUCUGGUGAUCAUCUGCCUGCAGGUGUUUGGGUUCCUGCUGCCGGCGAUGGUGCUGAUCUACUGUUCGGUCCAGACCAUCUGGGCACUUCAGCAGUCCGGCCAGCGCAGCCCCCAGAGCCGGGCCUGUGUGAAGAUCAUCUACAGCAGUCUGAGUGCCUUCCUGCUGCCUUUCACCCCCAGCCACCUGGGCAUCCUCCUGCAGUUCCUGGUACGCCAAGGAAUAAUUCAGGACUGCAGCAACAAGACCAGGAUCAGCCUGUUCAUACAGAUCGCCAUGUGCCUGUCCAACAUCACCUGCUGUCUGGACGCUCUGUGCUACUACUUCAUCGCUCAUGAGGUGAGGAGCACCAAACACACCUUCAGGAUGUCGGUCCAAAGAAGAGCCACCUUCAGCACUUCAGAGGUCUGAACACAAAGACAGUUCUAAUAUGUACUUGUCCUCAGAGGACGGCUGGUGGUGAAUACGAGAUCUGGCUUCUUGAGUUUUAGCAGGGCAGUGAAACUGAAAAAGAGCCCGUAGCUGACAGUGUGCCAUGCACUAAGAGAGACAGGUCAAAGUGCAAUCUCAAUUAACCACAGCGCUUGAGAGUGAGGCGAAAACGUAGUGUGGGGAGAGGAUCUGAUGAGCUGUGAUACAUGAUUUGGUCCAGUGACAGGAAGUCUGUUGACGCCUCUGUAACCUCAGACAGCUCCGAAAAUGUAGGCUGCAGAAAGAAAAUCCGCCAACAAGCCACAAUGUGACUUCUUUCUAUCAUGAUUUAUGGAUGAGCUUGUGAUUUGGCUCGAGGCACUUUGAGGUCAUCCAGUCCUACUCGAUGAGAAACUGGUGUGGGCUACCGUGCAUUUCAAAGUAGUCAAAGCCAGCAGCAGCAGCUCAUUGCAGAGCUUUGUAGCCUACUGUGUAUUACGCUCAAUAAGUCAAGUCAAAGCUGCUCUUAAUGUUCUAAAGACCAAUCAUUUAAGAUCAGCGCUGAUACACUUCAAACCAAUUUCAUUUAAUAGAAAGUGAGUAAAUUGCAAAACUAACUGUGAUACCAA